UCGAAAGCUAGCGAGCACGGUAUUUACGUUACGAGUGAUUGCGCAAUACAUCUUCUUGCCUGUCAUCUUGUUUUUCGGUUACUUGUAGAACUCAGUAGUAGCUGUAACGUUACUGUUGGAUCACAUAUUGUUGGGACCGGAGAUAAGUCAUAAAGGCCUUAAAAUUAUUGUGCAAUUAGCCUAGACUCUAGAGAUCUAAUCAUACUUCAGAGAUAGUUCCGCGAUAAAUCUGCCAUCAUGUCAGGAACAAUUUUUACUCCAACAAAUCAGAUCCGUCUGACAAAUGUUGCCAUCGUUCGAAUGAAGAAAACUGGCAAAAGAUUCGAGAUAGCUUGCUACAAGAACAAGGUCAUGUCAUGGAGAAAUAAAGUGGAGAAGGACAUUGAUGAGGUAUUGCAGACGCACACAGUCUUUGUGAACGUUUCCAAGGGUCAGGGUGCCAAGAGAGAAGAUCUCGUAAAAGCCUUUGGAACAGAAGACACCACUGAGAUCUGUAAGCAGAUUUUGGCCAAGGGUGAGCUUCAGGUCUCGGACAAGGAGCGUAACCAGCAGCUGGAGUCCAUGUUCCGUGACAUCGCGACCAUCGUGGCAGAGAAGUGCGUUAACCAAACCAAGAGACCUUACACUGUAGGCAUGAUAGAGAGAGCUAUGAAGGAUAUACACUUCUCAGUCAAACCAAACAGGGGUACAAAGCAACAGGCUCUGGAGGUGAUCCGAAAACUGCGAGAGACAGAAACCAUGGCGAUAGACCGCGCCCAGAUGAGGUUGAGGAUAGUGCUCCCAGGCAAGGAAGCCAAGAAGGUGAAGAGCAAACUGAUUCAACUCAUCGCUACCGUGGAAGAAGAGAACUUCAGCGAUGGUCUAGAGAUGGUUUGCCUAGCUGAUCCUGGAUGCUACAGAGAGAUGGAGGAACUGGUCAAGGAGAGCACCAGAGGAAAGGGAAUGGUGGAGGUGCUGAGUCUGAAGGAGGUGGAGGAGGGAGAUGAGAGAUUAGAAUGAAGCAUUGUGAUCACCCUUUAAUGCUGCUGCUACCUUAGACCUUUUGCCUGAUCUUAGGCAAGGUCCCUGGCAAGGUCCCAUGGCCUAAAUCAAACCAUACUUAAUGGGUUAAUGCUUGGUAUCAUGGAUCGGGGUACGUUGUUCAUCAUGUCUCAAUCGUCAGAGAGAGAGAGAGAGGGGCAGGGCUCUUGUUAGUGCACAAGGACUUUGGUGCUCGUAUCAAGUCUGGGCGAUACCAGAUUGAUUGUAUCAAGGAUAAACCUUCCCUGACAAAGAUAUGGAGAGGCGUAAUAAACAUGCCAGUGAAUACUUCAAUCUGCCAAAAAAUUCAAUUCAAACCAGUCUCCUAGGAGGCUGAAAGGUCACUUCUCUCAGUUAGGACCAAGAAUAAACAAAUUUCUGCAGAUAAUGCUGCAUCGCUGUAUAUCAUAUGGAUUUCACUGCCUUUUUACCAACUAAGUGUGGUGCUGUUGCCUUUCUCAAAGCUACAUCAUCUUUUGGAAGUUUGACCUCAUUAAUUGACGAACAGAACAUGCUGUUUUGGGAAAUUGCAGGUGCCAAAUAUAGGCCACAACCCAGCAGUUCAAGUUUGAAUCACCGAGAGUCAUUGUUUAUAUAUUUGUGAUGUUCAAUUUAAGUCAUGAGGGUUCAUUUCAAAGAUGUAGUAGCCUAGUAAGAAGAUAUAAAAUAGAAAUCUUUUUGUCUGUUUUUUUAAUUCUCUUUAGCCACUUAUAAGAGGGGGCAGGAAAGAGAUUAAAGAUGAAGAUGUUAAUGUUGAGAGCUCUCACAGAGUGUUGUCUUCGAUAAAGUUGUCUUUGAUAAAACAAAGAUGGAGGAUGAGCUUAAAAUAAUGCUCCUAGAACUUGGAAGAUAUUAUCUCUCAUUUUUAAAGGAAUUGAAGAUACUCAAAAACUGAAAUAUUUGGAAUUUAUUGGAGAGAAUAUAAAGCAAGAUGAUUUCUGGAUGGUAUUAAGAAUCUUAAAGAAAAUCUGGAAUAUUGAAGGGAGAGAUAGAAAUAAAAAUUGUUGUUUCUCUUAUGUUAUGCACCAGUUUAGAUUAAUGUGCAAUAUUGUUUCAAUAUCUCAUUGUUAAGGUGCAUGACUGCUGUGUCCAAUCGUAUUUCUUCACUUGCUCUUUUAGGCAGGUUGAAUGCCAAUUGGCCAACAGUACACAGCAUAAUAAUAAUAAUAAUACCGUAGUGAACAUUUAUAAUGUGCCAUGUCUGUCAUGGAAUAUAUAUGGCUUAUGUUCCUAACCAUGUUUUUUAUGGAGGCAGUAUGUACAUGUAUGUCCAAUUUGUAAGUAAAGAACAUGAUAGUAAUUGGUAGGAUGAAUAGACCUUUGAUGAUAUUAAUGAAAAAGGUGAUAAUGAGAAUAGUUGCAUGUACACGUAAAUGUAUUGGCAAAUGAAUGAUUAUAGAGGUAUAUCAUUUACUCCUGAACCUUGCACUCGUAAAAGAAUGGGUUUGCUAAUUUACUGUAUUGUGAUGCAUAUUGAUACCUGAAGCAGUGAGUAGACUCCUUGAUAAUUUACUAUGGAGUCAUUGGAGUGCAUUGG